UGCAUCUUCUAUUCGCAUAAACUCUCUCUCUAUACUAAACAUGGAGAUGAUUUCUAGUGCAUGCUAUGAUACCCUGAAGAGGUGCUGGAGAAGAAGAAGAUACCAAAGACUCCACUGUUCAACUAACAGCAAAAGAAAGCUGAAGAUCAUCAGGCUAGGUGGGGCUGCUACCAGGCGGAUAUGGAAGCUAAGAACGACAGCGCCAAAGCUGCAAUGGAAACUUGUGUCGCCUGUAAGAAUCUUGGUCAACUUUCAUGAUGCUUAUGUAGAUAUGAUGAUCCGACUGGCGAAUAACAUGGGGAAACUGAACGGCAGAGGUGUGUUUGGGAGAAAGAAAUUUGCUAAAGAUAAACAAAUAUCAAUGGUUUCUUGCGGGGAGGAAGUUGAUACUAGGUUGGUUCUUGAAAUCUAUAAGAGAUUGGUUGCUGCUCGUGAGCUAAGAGGCUUUUGAUCAGAAGCAACUUCUCGUAUACAUUAUAUUAUGUGAGAGUAAAUAUUUGUUUUCUUUGAAGAUUUUACUGUGACUUAUUGUAAUUUAAGAAGUUGAGAUAUUUGUGUAUCAAUCAAGUAAACUAAAGAGUUCUACAAUCUGGUUUUGAUUUUUCUGUUCUAAAUGGAGUAAUUUAUGUUAUAUAGGACAGCUCCUUUGGUAAAGAAAGUUCAUACAA